AUGGCGAACCCCAUCGGUGGAGCAUGGCGUUCCUUCUGGCAUGCGAUGACCUCCUAUGAUCGGCACGCGUCCCACGAUUCACCGUACCGCACAGGGAGACAUGUCCCUCUCAGCCAAAGUCGGGAUGAACCUCUCACCUCCAUUGCCACCAGCGCCAUCGAAUCGCGACCAGACCUCACCGACCCUUAUGAGGAAAAUCAACUCAAGGACUCCACGAACUCGACCUCCAAUGGCUGGACCGGGUCUCCGACCGCGAUCGGCUCCCCCAACCGCCCCUACUCUCCCGGUAUGCGAUCGGUCUCGUCGCAGAAACGGAGAUCAACCGAUCCCGGGACGGAUGGUGCCGGGGAGAUUCAGAUGCAGAGCUUCCACGAUGGCGCUCCGCCCCCUCCGCCGGUGGCCCACUCGUGGAGGAAGAUCGAGCGCUGGCUGGAGAGCAAUUAUGAGGAACUGUUCGACAACCUUUGCGAAGGGUGCACCCAGAACGAUAUCAACGAGUUGGAACAUGAUCUCGACUGCAGUCUUCCCCUCGAACUGCGUGAGUCCCUAAUGGUCCACGACGGCCAGGAGCGGCCUGGCGUCCCCACCGGUGUCAUAUUCGGUUGCAUGCUUCUCGACUGCGAGGAAAUGGUGCAGGAGUGGAAGAACUGGAGGACCGUCAACGAGGAGUAUUUCGGCUCGUCGGAGUUAUCGAACCCUCCCCUCCCCAAGGCGGUGGCCGGCUCCUCGUCGUCGGCCGUGCCCACCACUCAGGGAUCCAAUCCGCUGUGGAGGCAGGAUCUCCUGGAGCGCCAGGAGUCGCAACCCCCGGGUGCCAUCCAGAAGGCCUAUGCUCACCCGGCGUGGAUCCCGGUGGCCCGCGACUGGGGUGGAAACAACAUCGCCAUCGAUCUGGCGCCGGGCCCUGCGGGGAAAUGGGGGCAGGUCAUCAUCUUCGGUCGCGACUAUGACUGCAAAUACGUCGUCGCGCGAUCCUGGGCCGCCUUCCUGGCCGUGCUGGCCGAUGAUCUCUGCAGCGGCAAGGUCCACGUGGACGAGGACACGAACGAGCUCAAGCUUCUGGAGUUCAAAUCACAGAACGUGGAGCCCCCGUAUCUGGAGAUCCUCCGGUGGAGAACGGACCAGAAGUAUGGUCGCCGCCCCCCUCGUCGCAAGGCUCCCAACGGCCUGGGACUGAGCACGGCCGGCAAGUCCGGCAAAGAUUCCCCUUACGGCAGCCCGGGGCCCAGCGAAGAGCGCGGCAGGUCGCCUCACCGGUUCCCCAAUCGCGGCUCGACUCAAAGUCCAAAGACCCAGUUUGGCAUCUCGAGUCCUCUUGCCCGAGUCACGGAAGAAGCCCCUAGUCCGGUCAACCCGACUCCCGACACUGAGCUUCCUGCCGGUCCCUCCCAGGAGAAGCCCAAGGAGCCCCAGAGUGAAGACCUGAUGGAAGUGACCACCCCCAAUCCGUCCUCGGGGAAAGAGAACGAAGGGGUUCCGGAGAAGGGGAGCGAGCAGAAACCCACGGAGACGGAGAAAGGACAGAAGCGUGACUCGAAUUCCGGAUCGACAACGGCCACAAGCGACACGGAAGUCUUGGGAGAAAUGAAGAAUGUAGCCAUCUAA